AUGGAUACCAAUAAUUGUGGAGUUUGUAAAACAAUAGUAAAUCCUGGUAGUGAAAGAGUUAAAGCUGGUACAAGUGUAUUUCAUGCAAAAUGUUUUGUUUGUAAAGAAUGUAAAAAUGAAUUAGAAUCAUUUAUUAGAUCAAAAGAUGGAAGUUUAAUAUGUGAUGAAUGUGAUAUAAAAUUAAAUGCCAGAAAAUGUUUCAAAUGUCAAUUACCAAUUCAAUCAACAAUAGUAACAGCACGUGGUAAAAGUUUUCAUAAUGAUUGCUUUAAUUGUGCUUCUUGUGAAAAAAUUAUUAAAGGUGGUUUCUUUUUUGUUGAGGGUGAAUUUUAUUGUUCAACAUGUGAUGCCAAACCAUCAGAUAAAACAAAAACAACAACACCACCACCAUCAGAAAUACCAUUACCAGGUAAGAGUGGUGUGUCAUUAGCAAAUGGAGUAGAAAUCCAAGUACCAAAUAAUUCUACCAAUAUAAUUUAUGUUUUAAAUACAAAUGAAAGUUCAAAUGGUUUAUCAUCUAGUGGUGGUAGUGGAAAUAGUAUAAGUGGUAGUGGUGGUACUAAUACAGGUAGUAGCACUUCCUCCUUUAUGAUACAUAAAAGAAAUAAUUCCAAUGAAUUAAAUGUUGUAACACCAACUGCAACUACAACUGUUGAUUUAUUGACUUCAUCAACAACAACUACACCAACAUUAUCACCAUCAACUUUAUCACCUCCAAUUUCAACCGCUAGGUUUUCAAAUGAUUACUUAAUUAGUCUACAAGAUGAUAUAUAUGCUAAACAACAACAACAACUCUUACUAUUACAACAACAACAAAUUCAAAUCCAACAACAAUUACAACAACAACAAUUGGAAAUUUUACAGAAAAAUCAAUCCCUUUUAAAUUCAUCAUCACCAUCACCAUCAACAUCAUCAACAUCAUCAACAUCAUCAAUUUCACAAUCUCAAAAUUUAAAUACUUCACAACCAAAUAUUACUCAACAAUUAUCAAAUUUAAAUAUUUCAAAUCAAAAGAAUGGUGAAAUUGAAAAAUAUAUUCCAAAAAUUAAUGGUAAAACUUUAACAGAAUUAUUAAAACAUCAAUCAUUUGAUGAUAUUCUUGGUGAAGUUUUAAGUAAAAAGAUUAGUAUUUAUAAAGAGUUAUCAAAAGAAGAAGUAGCCUUUGGUGAUGUUAUUGCUUCUGGUGCAAGUGGUAAAGUUUAUAAAGGUAUUUAUAAAGGUAGAGAUGUUGCAAUUAAAGUUUAUAGUUCAGAAAAUUUUUGUUUUAAUAUUGAAGAAUUUGAUAGAGAAGUUACAAUUAUGAGUUUAAUUGAUAGUGAUCAUCCAAAUUUUACAAGAUUUUAUGGUGCAAAUAAACAAAAUAAAAAAUAUUUAUUCCAUGUUAGUGAAUUAGUUAAAAGUGGUAGUUUAAGAGAUUUAUUAUUGGAUAAAGAGAAACCACUUGCUUAUUUCACUCAACUUUCAAUUGCAUCAGAUAUUGCAAAUGCAAUGAAACAUUUACAUUCAAUUGGUGUUAUUCAUCGUGAUUUAAAAAGUUUAAAUGUUUUAAUCACUGAAGAUUUCACUGCAAAAGUUAUUGAUUUUGGUACUUCUAGAAAUGUAGAUUUGGCAAAACAAAUGACAUUGAAUUUAGGUACUUCUUGUUAUAUGUCCCCUGAAUUAUUCAAAGGUAAUGGUUAUGAUGAAACUUGUGAUGUCUAUGCAUUUGGUAUCGUUUUAUGGGAAAUCAUUGCAAGAAAAGAACCAUAUGAAAAUAUUAAUUCUUGGAGUAUUCCAGUUUUGGUGGCAAAAGGUGAAAGACCAACAAUUCCUGCUGAUUGUCCUUCUGAAUAUUCAAAAUUAAUUAAAGCAUGUUGGACAGAUAAACCUAAAAAGAGACCUUCUUUCAAAGAAAUUUGUGACACCUUAAAAAAGAUUUCUGAAAGUUUAACUUUAAAAAGAAAUAAAAAAUAA